AUUUGCCCCCCCGCUGCUUCAUUUUCCGAACCGCCUUGUGAGAUGGGAACAGAGCAUAGUUGAGCAUCCCAAUCUCCCUCCUUUCUCUCUCUCUCUCGCUCGCUCACACUUUUCUCUCUGAAACCCUGUCAAAGCCAUGGUCAAAGAAACCCUAGCUGCUCCAUCAUCAUCCCCUUCUUCUUCUUCUUCUUCUUCUUCUUCUUCUUCUUCAACGGCUUCCUUGAGUAACACCAAUCUCCCACCACCAGAAGACGCUUGGAUUGACACUUACCACAAGUUGCUCCCUCAUUGGCAAUCCCUCUCUCACUCUCACCUGCCAACAAUCCCAGUUUCAAUCUCGAGAGUAAAUCAAGUCGAUGCAGCAAGACUGGACGUUGAAAUGUCAGCCAUGCUGAAAGAGCAGCUGGUUAAGGUCUUCUCUUUGAUGAAGCCAGGAAUGUUAUUUCAAUAUGAAGCAGAGCUCGAUGCUUUCCUUGAGUUUCUCAUUUGGCGGUUCUCAAUUUGGGUAGAUAAGCCUACUCCGGGAAUCGCUCUCAUGAACUUGAGAUAUAGAGAUGAAUGUGCGAUGGAGGCAAGAGGAAAAGUCAGAACGGGUUUGGAAGGUCCUGGACUUACCAUGGCUCAGAAGAUUUGGUAUUGUGUUGCCACUGUUGGUGGUCAAUACAUCUGGGCUCGUUUACAGUCAUUCUCUGCUUUUCGCAGAUGGGGCGAUUCUGAGCAGAGGUCAUUCGCACGGCGAGCGUGGAUGUUGAUACAACGUGUAGAAGGAUUAUAUAAAGCUGCCUCAUUCGGCAACCUUCUCAUAUUUCUUUAUACGGGAAGGUACAGGAAUCUUAUUGAAAGAGCUUUGAGAGCUAGGCUUGUCUAUGGUAGCCCUAAUAUGAACCGAGCUGUUAGCUUUGAGUACAUGAACCGCCAAUUAGUGUGGAAUGAAUUCUCGGAGAUGCUGUUGUUACUUCUUCCUCUUCUCAAUUCAUCAUCCGUUAGAAACUUUCUCCCAUUCUCUAAACAUAAAUCUUCGAGUUCUGCAGAGGAUGACGCUGCUUGCCCCAUUUGUCUGGCUACUCCAACCAUUCCGUUUCUGGCUCUUCCAUGUCAGCACAGAUACUGUUAUUACUGCCUUAGGACGCGAUGUGCUGCAGUUCCAUCAUUCAGAUGUUCCAGGUGCAGUGAGCCUGUCAAUGCUAUGCAGCGGCAUGCUGGUGUCAGCAUUAAUUUAGUCCCAAAACAAUAAUCUCCAGAGAGGUUGAAGAAAAUAAAUUAAAAGCAUUUAUUACAGGUAGUAGCACUACUUUAUUAUUUUUUUUUCUCUCCCCCAUUAAAAUUUUCAAUCAAGAAAUCAAUUCCGGGUGAAAGCAAUUAUUCCGCCAUGGAGUGGGGGGGUUUCAUUCUUUGUCUUCUUUCCAGUGUAUUUAUUACAAAUAUAUAUAUAUAUAUAUAUCGUAAUGGGUUUAAUUUUUUCCCCAAUCAUUCGAAUAUUUGAAGUGGGUCUCUAGAAAAAGCAGGUGCCCUUUCAGUAAUGCCAAGCAAUGAUUCUUUGGCAGAUGGAACUACUUUAUUUAUUUUUGGUUGGUACUUAAUUUGCUUGAGCCAUGUUUGUUUCGGAUAAAAAGUAUUUGGUGUUGUUGGCUGUUAUUGGCCUCCAUA